AUGGGAUGUUGUGGUGGUCCUCCUGAUGGAUGGUGCUACUCCUUCACCAGAUUACUAUUUUCCAUUCGAUUUCGUAGUACUCAUCAAAAUCGAAAUUGCGAGUUUGGGGCAAUGGAGAAUAGCAUCGGUCAAAUCCCCUCCCCAACACAAAGAAGAUGGAGAAAAGUUGCUUAUGGAGGUAUGCAGCCUGGUUUUGAUGACAAUCACACAGACAACACUUUCCUUCAAGAAAUGGUGAUGAAUGCAAAUGUAGUCAAAAGAGACAUGCUUAAGGUGAUGCUAGAUUCCGUUUCAAUUUCUCAAUACCUUUGCAUUGUAGCACUUGUUGUUUUGGUCUGGACCCACACUCUCAAUUCCACCAUCACUCACAACUUUUUAUUAAUUCUUGAUGUCACCCUUCUUGCAUCUGGCUUCUUUAUCCUCCUCUUAACAGCCAAAAUGCUUUCAUUCACUCUUCUUAUCAACUAUUUAAUCAAAAUCUCCUUUUUCACAACCAGUCUAUAUGUCUUAUCCCCAAUAUACCACACGUUGACCAGGUCAAUAAGUUCAGAUUCCAUAUGGGCGUUGACCACAUCACUCAUAAUCCUCCAUCUCUUCCUCCAUAACUAUUCCGGAUCCACCAUUAAAGCUCCUGGAGCUUUAGAAAUUAAACCGACUUUAACCAGUAAUAUUUCACUUAAUGCUUCCAUUGUGGCUUCACUUUUGAUUGCUUCUAGACUUCCUUCGAGGGUUCUUGUGUUUGCUGUCAUUUUGUUUUCAUUGCAGGUUUUUCUUUUUGCACCAUUGGUGACUUAUUGUCUUAAGAAAUAUUCAGUAAGGUUGCACUUGUUCUUCUCAUUGGUGUUGAUGGUGAUGACUUUGAGUUGUGUUUAUUGUUUGCAUAAACUGAUGUUUGUGUUCUUGUUGGGAGUGUUGAGUUUUGUGAAUUUGGUGUGUCCUUAUUGGUUGAUUAGGAUUCAAGAGUAUAAAUUUGAGAUUAAUGGUCCAUGGGAUGAAGCCAAGUUAUGUUUUAACAUAACAGACUGA